AUGGUAGCACUACUUUUUCUUCUAUUUCUGAUAAGCUCACAGAUUCAAAGUCAAAAGCUUACAACGGAGGAAAAUAAACUCAACAGCAAAAAAUGUGGCGUUCAUUUCCUAGGACAGCCACUUCAGAAAAAUCGUCUGGUCAAAAAGUCUUACGGAGGUCGUGAAUUCGAAGAAAAUGAGUAUCCUUGGACUGUAGUUUUGGGACAUGACCAGAUGACGUGCAGUGGUGUUCAGAUAUCUCCUCGACACAUUCUAACAGCUGCUCACUGUGUUUUGGUCUUCGAUGAAAUGAGCCCUGUGUUGUGCGUCAUGAAUAUGUCGCACAGCAUUGUCUCCGUGUUAGUUACGCCAGAAAAGGUAUCAGUCUUCAUAGGUGGCGGUAGAGACCACUGCAGCAAUCUUAUUUGCCAGAAUAAGACUUUGUAUAGAGCAAAAAAGAUCAUAACAAAGGAAUUGGACAUAUGUAAUAAUUACAAUAAUGAUUUGGCUCUCAUUGAACUCGAACGAGAUAUCUCGGAAAGCGACUCGACACCAAUAUGCAUGCCCGAAGAUGACUUGCCACUAAACCCUGUUCUGUACGCAAGCGGCCUCGGAGUCGACCCUUCGAGCCCUAUCACUUUUGACAACCCGAAAGGUGAACAUGCACAUGGACAGCAAGUAGUGGCGCUUCGUUAUGAUGCGAUUGAUCAGUCACUUCAUCAGAUUCGAACCAAGACUUUCGGAAAAGGAAUAUUUCCAGGCGAUAGUGGAGGUCCGCUGUUCCAAGUGAAUGAAGAAGGUCGUCACAUCCUUGUGGGAAUCAAUAGUUAUUUGGAUCCAAGUUUCGCUGAGCCUAAUGAAAAUAUGAUAAACUAUUUCACUGCCGUGCAAGACUAUUUGGAUUGGAUCUGCAAAUAUUCAGGUGUGUGCCCAGUGGAACAGAACGUGGAUUACCAAAAAAGCUAAAAUCCACAGUUUAUGAAUCUUUGAUAUGAAAACACCGCUAGGUGGAAAAUGUAUUGCCAGCAUACUAUUCUUAGAAUGAUUAAAUGCUCUUAGGAGUUCCCACU